AAGCGGUUAGAUGGUGAAUGAAUGAAUGAAGUUUGGUGAGCGCUGUGGUUCCUGACUGUGGCCUCUGGGGGGCAGCACACACUCACUGUGCUGAAAGGACUCUGUUGUUGUGGACUGAGACACAGAGACAGUCAUGGGACCCUGUUUGCUCGUCCUGAACCAUGUGAGUCAUAUGAGACACAGAGAGGAGGAGGAAGAGGAGUAAAGAAGGAGGAAAAGAUGGAGGACUUGUCCCGGUGGGUGACGGAGGCCGGGAGGUGGGUGAGGAGGUGCUGCUGUGGUGAGGAAGAUGAGGAUGAGGAGGAGAAAGGGAGAAGGGAAGGAGAAGAAGAGGAGGAGGAGGAGGAGGAGGAGGAAGUGAAGAUGGAGGGGCUCAGCUUCAGGAAGAGCAGGAGUUCAACCUCCCUCCCUCCUGCUGAGCUGGAUCCAGAUCAGUCCAGCUCAGGGUCCCACCCUCACUGGUUCCACACCCUGCAGGUCCGACGGUUCCGACAGCAGCGAGGACGCAGCAAUAGCGACCCGCUGGGAAGGAACAGCUGCGAGGAACCCUUCACCUGGAAACCAGGUCUUCAGUUUGGAGCGACUCAUUCUUACCUGAGUCUGGAGAAACUGGGUGAAGGAGCGUACGCCUCCGUCUACAAAGGAAUCAGCAGGAUAAACGGACAGCUGGUGGCGCUGAAGGUGAUUCGUAUGAAGACGGAGGAGGGCGUCCCGUUCACCGCCAUCAGGGAAGCGUCUCUGCUCAAGGGUCUGAAACACGCCAACAUCGUCGUCCUCCAUGACAUCAUUCACACCCAAGAGUCUCUGACCUUCGUCUUCGAAUACGUGCAAACAGAUCUGGCCCAGUACCUUACUGAUCACCCCGGAGGACUGCACUCACACAACGUCAGGCUCUUCAUGUUCCAGCUGCUGCGAGCGCUCUGCUUCAUCCACAGCAGGAGGAUCCUCCACAGAGACCUGAAGCCUCAUAACCUGCUCAUCAGCUACCUGGGAGAACUCAAGCUAGCUGACUUCGGUCUGGCUCGGUCCAAGUCCAUCCCCAGUCAGACCUUCUCCUCUGAGGUGGUGACGCUGUGGUACCGCCCCCCUGAUGUCCUGCUGGGAUCCACAGAUUACUCCACCGCUCUGGACAUCUGGGGAGCAGGGUGUAUCUUCGUAGAGAUGCUGCAGGGGGCGCCGGCAUUCCCCGGAGUCACUGAUGUGUUUGAGCAACUAAAGAAGAUUUGGACGGUCCUGGGUGUCCCCACAGAGGACAGCUGGCCUGGAGUCAGCCAGCUGCCAAAUUAUAAACCAGAGUUUUUUCUUCACUCCAAGCCGAAGCAGCUGAGGAGCGUUUGGAAAAGGUUGGACCAGCUGCCCUAUAAGACAGAAGACCUGGUCCAGAGGAUGUUGAAGGGGGUCCCUGCAGACCGGAUCUCGGCCCAGGACUCCCUGAGGCACCCGUACUUCAGCACGCUGCCUCCUCCCAUCAUGCACCUCAGGGACACAGUGUCCAUUUUCAAGGUGCCCGGCAUUCAUCUGGAGACAGAGGUCAGGAACGCCUUAAACCCUGGACGGAGGGUCAAACCCUCCCUGCUGCCCGCCGCCAAGUGGUGGUGACCAAACUCAACCUGAGCAGAUGAGCAGAGGGGGGAACAAACCCUCCAUAUAAACCCAUUCAUUACUGUAUAUUUAUAUUUAUUGACAUGAUACGAUCUGUGUAUGUUUAAUUGAAUAAUUCUAAACAUUAUAUUCAAUGUUAAAUAUAAAUAACCAUCUUUAUGAAAUGUUCCCGUGGUGACCGUCAGCCCGUUGGGACGUUAGCGUUGGUUCACGGAGAGUAACGAGGGUUCAUUCAGGAGCUGAAUGUUGAUGAAUGUUUAUUUGUUGUUGUGAUAAAUAAAAUCUGUUGUUGUGAUUCUCCACA